AUGGAUAGUCGCGGCUCGGCCUUUCCAGCCCACGCGCUUCGAUUAGUAGCAGUCUUACUGAUCAUCACUUUCACCCCCGCCGCCGCUGGCCGGCGGAUAGACACACUCGAUACAACGUCAAACGCGAAUUCUGGCACAGCGACCUCUGUCGACGCGACAGCUGGCGCGGCGGCAUCGGACCUCGCGGCGCUGGCGGUGGACGCGAAGACGCGUGCGGAGAUUAAAGCCCUCGCGCCGCUGAUGGGCAGCGCGGACCUGACGGGCGUCGAUAAGCCGCCCGAACGCGCCUCGUACUUAACCAAAGACGAUUUCGCCGCGGCGGCGCGCGAGUGGAUCGCGACGGUGACCCGGCGCGUGCAGAAACUGAUUCGGCAGGCGGGCGGCGGAGGCAAGGGGCGCGGGUCCAGCAAAAGGAACAGCGCGCGCGGGAACACCCCCCCUGUUGACCGCAGUCUGGGGUACGUCCCCCCCACGACCAAGGACCUCAAUCCCGCCAAGCUGCCCAAUCUCAACACCGUGUCGCGCUACCUCACCAUGGGUCUCACACUCGACCUCGCCUCGCAGAAGCUCUCUUGGGAUUUCAAGCGCUUUGUGGACCACCGCUCGCUGUAUAAGGCCGAGGACGGGUUCGACCAGGGCAACUGCGGUGCGUGCUGUGCUGUUGACCCCCGUUCCUGCUGGGCGCACGCGGCAGCGCGGGCGAUUCAGGGCGCGUAUGCUCUCUUCACAGACACGGACACGUUUCCCACGGGGACUGCGCUGUCGGUGCAGCAGCUGGUGGACUGCACGGGCGCUGCCGCCUCGUGCCGGGGGGGGUACCCCGAGGCUGCCCUGCAGUAUGCUGUUAAGAACGGGUUGCAGAGCGAAGAGGGUUAUUCGUACACUGGUGUCAACGGCAAGUGCAGCGACAACAAGGAGGCGGUGAGUUUUGAGUCGAGUCAAAAGGUGCCUUCUCGGUACCCCGAGGCUGCCCUGCAGUAUGCCGUGAAGGGCGGGCUGCAGAGUGAAGAGAGCUACGCGUUCACGGGGUUCAACGGCAAGUGCGGCGUCAAGAAGGAUGCGUACGCUGUGAAGACCAGGGCCGGGCUGCAGUACGCUGUGAAGACCAGGGCUGGGCUGCAGUACGCUGUGAAGACCAGGGCCGGGCUGCAGUACGCUGUGAAGACCAGGGCCGGGCUGCAGUACGCUGUGAAGACCAGGGCCGGGCUGCAGUACGCUGUGAAGACCAGGGCCGGGCUGCAGUACGCUGUGAAGACCAGGGCCGGGCUGCAGUACGCUGUGAAGACCAGGGCCGGGCUGCAGUACGCUGUGAAGACCAGGGCCGGGCUGCAGUACGCUGUGAAGACCAGGGCCGGGCUGCAGUACGCUGUGAAGACCAGGGCCGGGCUGCAGUACGCUGUGAAGACCAGGGCCGGGCUGCAGUACGCUGUGAAGACCAGGGCCGGGCUGCAGUACGCUGUGACGACCAGGGCCGGGCUGCAGUACGCUGUGAAGACCAGGGCCGGGCUGCAGAUCGACAAGAGCUGCAGAGUGAAUGAAGAGAGGUACUCGCACACGGGGGUCAGCGGCAAGUGCAGCGUCAAGAAUGAGGCGGACCGCUUCACCCCUUCUCACCCCGUUCCUAGCAUGCGGCUCCGGUUCCUACCGCCCCUCACCCCUCUCCACCGCUCUCAGGAGAAGUGGAGCAUCUCGAUGUACGAGCAGGUGCCACUGCCGGGGCCGCUGGGGCUCAUUCUCGCGCUGCAGAAGCAGCCCGUCAUCGUCACCAUCCGCGCCUCUGCGCAGGACUUUAUUGACUACUCGGUAGGCAUAUUCGAGAGGUGGAACUGCUACGACCCCUUACGACACUGGCAGCACACUCGCAGCACACUGGCAGCACACUCGCAGCACACUGCCUCUUCCCUCCCCUCACAUCCACCCACACACACCCCCCUUGCCUGCCUCCCCUCACAGGGAGGCAUUUUCGAGAGCUGGAACUGCUACAGCCCCGUGGGGAAAGGAGGCAUUUUCGAGAGCUGGAACUGCUAUAGCCCCGUGGGGAAAGUCUGGGGGAGCGAAGGCUCAGGGCUGGGGGCGACGGCGACAGCCACCAACAACACAGGCCUCCUAGACCACGUGAUGCUGGCCGUGGGGUAUAACUAUGAGGAGCCGGACAGCGGAGGCAACUACUUCAUUCUGAAGAACAGCUGGGGACCGGACUGGGGCGAGGGCGGGUACAUGAGGAUACUCAUGGAGAGCGGGCCGUUUGGCACGUGUGGCAUGCUGGUCAACCGCGGGCUGUACCCUGUUGUGAGAGGGGCCUUAGAGGGCUCUAGUACCCCGAUGCGCGUGUUUGCCGUGGUGGAAAUCCGCCAUGCUGUUUGGCACGUGCGGUUUGGCACGUGCGGUUUGGCACGUGCGGUUUGGCACGUGCGGUUCGGCACGUGCGGUUCGGCACGUGCGGUUCGGCACGUGCGGUUCGGCACGUGCGGUUUGGCACGUGCGGUUCGGCACGUGCGGUUCGGCACGUGCGGUUUGGCACGUGCGGUUCGGCACGUGCGGUUUGGCACGUGCGGUUUGGCACGUGCGGUUCGGCACGUGCGGUUCGGCACGUGCGGUUCGGCACGUGCGGUUCGGCACGUGCGGUUCGGCACGUGCGGUUCGGCACGUGCGGUUCGGCACGUGCGGUUCGGCACGUGCGGUUUGGCACGUGCGGUUUGGCACGUGCGGUUCGGCACGUGCGGUUCGGCACGUGCGGUUUGGCACGUGCGGUUUGGCACGUGCGGUUUGGCACGUGCGGUUUGGCACGUGCGGUUCGGCACGUGCGGUUCGGCACGUGCGGUUCGGCACGUGCGGUUCGGCACGUGCGGUUUGGCACGUGCGGUUCGGCACGUGCGGUUCGGCACGUGCGGUUCGGCACGUGCGGUUCGGCACGUGCGGUUUGGCACGUGCGGUUUGGCACGUGCGGUUUGGCACGUGCGGUUUGGCACGUGCGGUUCGGCACGUGCGGUUCGGCACGUGCGGUUCGGCACGUGCGGUUUGGCACGUGCGGUUUGGCACGUGCGGUUCGGCACGUGCGGUUCGGCACGUGCGGUUCGGCACGUGCGGUUCGGCACGUGCGGUUUGGCACGUGCGGUUCGGCACGUGCGGUUCGGCACGUGCGGUUCGGCACGUGCGGUUCGGCACGUGCGGUUCGGCACGUGCGGUUUGGCACGUGCGGUUCGGCACGUGCGGUUCGGCACGUGCGGUUUGGCACGUGCGGUUUGGCACGUGCGGUUCGGCACGUGCGGUUCGGCACGUGCGGUUUGGCACGUGCGGUUUGGCACGUGCGGUUUGGCACGUGCGGUUUGGCACGUGCGGUUCGGCACGUGCGGUUCGGCACGUGCGGUUCGGCACGUGCGGUUCGGCACGUGCGGUUUGGCACGUGCGGUUCGGCACGUGCGGUUCGGCACGUGCGGUUCGGCACGUGCGGUUCGGCACGUGCGGUUUGGCACGUGCGGUUUGGCACGUGCGGUUUGGCACGUGCGGUUUGGCACGUGCGGUUCGGCACGUGCGGUUCGGCACGUGCGGUUCGGCACGUGCGGUUUGGCACGUGCGGUUUGGCACGUGCGGUUCGGCACGUGCGGUUCGGCACGUGCGGUUCACGUGCGGUUCGGCACGUGCGGUUUGGCACGUGCGGUUCGGCACGUGCGGUUCGGCACGUGCGGUUCGGCACGUGCGGUUUGGCACGUGCGGUUUGGCACGUGCGGUUCGGCACGUGCGGUUCGGCACGUGCGGUUUGGCACGUGCGGUUUGGCACGUGCGGUUUGGCACGUGCGGUUCGGCACGUGCGGUUCGGCACGUGCGGUUCGGCACGUGCGGUUUGGCACGUGCGGUUCGGCACGUGCGGUUCGGCACGUGCGGUUUGGCACGUGCGGUUCGGCACGUGCGGUUCGGCACGUGCGGUUUGGCACGUGCGGUUCGGCACGUGCGGUUUGGCACGUGCGGUUUGGCACGUGCGGUUCGGCACGUGCGGUUCGGCACGUGCGGUUCGGCACGUGCGGUUCGGCACGUGCGGUUCGGCACGUGCGGUUUGGCACGUGCGGUUCGGCACGUGCGGUUCGGCACGUGCGGUUUGGCACGUGCGGUUUGGCACGUGCGGUUCGGCACGUGCGGUUCGGCACGUGCGGUUUGGCACGUGCGGUUUGGCACGUGCGGUUUGGCACGUGCGGUUUGGCACGUGCGGUUCGGCACGUGCGGUUCGGCACGUGCGGUUCGGCACGUGCGGUUCGGCACGUGCGGUUUGGCACGUGCGGUUCGGCACGUGCGGUUCGGCACGUGCGGUUCGGCACGUGCGGUUCGGCACGUGCGGUUUGGCACGUGCGGUUUGGCACGUGCGGUUUGGCACGUGCGGUUUGGCACGUGCGGUUCGGCACGUGCGGUUCGGCACGUGCGGUUCGGCACGUGCGGUUUGGCACGUGCGGUUUGGCACGUGCGGUUCGGCACGUGCGGUUCGGCACGUGCGGUUCGGCACGUGCGGUUCGGCACGUGCGGUUUGGCACGUGCGGUUCGGCACGUGCGGUUCGGCACGUGCGGUUCGGCACGUGCGGUUCGGCACGUGCGGUUCGGCACGUGCGGUUUGGCACGUGCGGUUCGGCACGUGCGGUUCGGCACGUGCGGUUUGGCACGUGCGGUUUGGCACGUGCGGUUCGGCACGUGCGGUUCGGCACGUGCGGUUUGGCACGUGCGGUUUGGCACGUGCGGUUUGGCACGUGCGGUUUGGCACGUGCGGUUCGGCACGUGCGGUUCGGCACGUGCGGUUCGGCACGUGCGGUUCGGCACGUGCGGUUUGGCACGUGCGGUUCGGCACGUGCGGUUCGGCACGUGCGGUUCGGCACGUGCGGUUCGGCACGUGCGGUUUGGCACGUGCGGUUUGGCACGUGCGGUUUGGCACGUGCGGUUUGGCACGUGCGGUUCGGCACGUGCGGUUCGGCACGUGCGGUUCGGCACGUGCGGUUUGGCACGUGCGGUUUGGCACGUGCGGUUCGGCACGUGCGGUUCGGCACGUGCGGUUCGGCACGUGCGGUUCGGCACGUGCGGUUUGGCACGUGCGGUUCGGCACGUGCGGUUCGGCACGUGCGGUUCGGCACGUGCGGUUUGGCACGUGCGGUUUGGCACGUGCGGUUCGGCACGUGCGGUUCGGCACGUGCGGUUUGGCACGUGCGGUUUGGCACGUGCGGUUUGGCACGUGCGGUUCGGCACGUGCGGUUCGGCACGUGCGGUUCGGCACGUGCGGUUCGGCACGUGCGGUUUGGCACGUGCGGUUCGGCACGUGCGGUUCGGCACGUGCGGUUUGGCACGUGCGGUUUGGCACGUGCGGUUUGGCACGUGCGGUUUGGCACGUGCGGUUUGGCACGUGCGGUUCGGCACGUGCGGUUCGGCACGUGCGGUUCGGCACGUGCGGUUCGGCACGUGCGGUUUGGCACGUGCGGUUUGGCACGUGCGGUUUGGCACGUGCGGUUUGGCACGUGCGGUUCGGCACGUGCGGUUCGGCACGUGCGGUUUGGCACGUGCGGUUUGGCACGUGCGGUUUGGCACGUGCGGUUCGGCACGUGCGGUUCGGCACGUGCGGUUCGGCACGUGCGGUUCGGCACGUGCGGUUCGGCACGUGCGGUUCGGCACGUGCGGUUCGGCACGUGCGGUUCGGCACGUGCGGUUUGGCACGUGCGGUUCGGCACGUGCGGUUCGGCACGUGCGGUUCGGCACGUGCGGUUCGGCACGUGCGGUUCGGCACGUGCGGUUCGGCACGUGCGGUUCGGCACGUGCGGUUCGGCACGUGCGGUUUGGCACGUGCGGUUCGGCACGUGCGGUUCGGCACGUGCGGUUCGGCACGUGCGGUUUGGCACGUGCGGUUUGGCACGUGCGGUUUGGCACGUGCGGUUCGGCACGUGCGGUUCGGCACGUGCGGUUCGGCACGUGCGGUUCGGCACGUGCGGUUUGGCACGUGCGGUUCGGCACGUGCGGUUCGGCACGUGCGGUUCGGCACGUGCGGUUCGGCACGUGCGGUUUGGCACGUGCGGUUCGGCACGUGCGGUUCGGCACGUGCGGUUCGGCACGUGCGGUUUGGCACGUGCGGUUUGGCACGUGCGGUUCGGCACGUGCGGUUCGGCACGUGCGGUUCGGCACGUGCGGUUUGGCACGUGCGGUUUGGCACGUGCGGUUCGGCACGUGCGGUUCGGCACGUGCGGUUCGGCACGUGCGGUUCGGCACGUGCGGUUUGGCACGUGCGGUUCGGCACGUGCGGUUCGGCACGUGCGGUUUGGCACGUGCGGUUUGGCACGUGCGGUUUGGCACGUGCGGUUUGGCACGUGCGGUUUGGCACGUGCGGUUCGGCACGUGCGGUUCGGCACGUGCGGUUCGGCACGUGCGGUUCGGCACGUGCGGUUUGGCACGUGCGGUUUGGCACGUGCGGUUUGGCACGUGCGGUUUGGCACGUGCGGUUCGGCACGUGCGGUUCGGCACGUGCGGUUUGGCACGUGCGGUUUGGCACGUGCGGUUUGGCACGUGCGGUUUGGCACGUGCGGUUCGGCACGUGCGGUUCGGCACGUGCGGUUCGGCACGUGCGGUUCGGCACGUGCGGUUCGGCACGUGCGGUUCGGCACGUGCGGUUCGGCACGUGCGGUUCGGCACGUGCGGUUUGGCACGUGCGGUUUGGCACGUGCGGUUUGGCACGUGCGGUUUGGCACGUGCGGUUCGGCACGUGCGGUUCGGCACGUGCGGUUCGGCACGUGCGGUUUGGCACGUGCGGUUUGGCACGUGCGGUUUGGCACGUGCGGUUCGGCACGUGCGGUUCGGCACGUGCGGUUCGGCACGUGCGGUUCGGCACGUGCGGUUCGGCACGUGCGGUUUGGCACGUGCGGUUCGGCACGUGCGGUUCGGCACGUGCGGUUUGGCACGUGCGGUUUGGCACGUGCGGUUUGGCACGUGCGGUUUGGCACGUGCGGUUUGGCACGUGCGGUUCGGCACGUGCGGUUCGGCACGUGCGGUUCGGCACGUGCGGUUUGGCACGUGCGGUUCGGCACGUGCGGUUCGGCACGUGCGGUUUGGCACGUGCGGUUUGGCACGUGCGGUUGGCACGUGCGGUUCGGCACGUGCGGUUCGGCACGUGCGGUUCGGCACGUGCGGUUCGGCACGUGCGGUUUGGCACGUGCGGUUCGGCACGUGCGGUUCGGCACGUGCGGUUUGGCACGUGCGGUUUGGCACGUGCGGUUUGGCACGUGCGGUUUGGCACGUGCGGUUUGGCACGUGCGGUUCGGCACGUGCGGUUCGGCACGUGCGGUUCGGCACGUGCGGUUCGGCACGUGCGGUUUGGCACGUGCGGUUUGGCACGUGCGGUUUGGCACGUGCGGUUUGGCACGUGCGGUUCGGCACGUGCGGUUCGGCACGUGCGGUUUGGCACGUGCGGUUUGGCACGUGCGGUUUGGCACGUGCGGUUUGGCACGUGCGGUUCGGCACGUGCGGUUCGGCACGUGCGGUUCGGCACGUGCGGUUCGGCACGUGCGGUUCGGCACGUGCGGUUCGGCACGUGCGGUUCGGCACGUGCGGUUUCGGCACGUGCGGUUUGGCACGUGCGGUUUGGCACGUGCGGUUUGGCACGUGCGGUUUGGCACGUGCGGUUCGGCACGUGCGGUUCGGCACGUGCGGUUUGGCACGUGCGGUUUGGCACGUGCGGUUUGGCACGUGCGGUUUGGCACGUGCGGUUCGGCACGUGCGGUUCGGCACGUGCGGUUCGGCACGUGCGGUUCGGCACGUGCGGUUCGGCACGUGCGGUUUGGCACGUGCGGUUCGGCACGUGCGGUUCGGCACGUGCGGUUUGGCACGUGCGGUUUGGCACGUGCGGUUUGGCACGUGCGGUUUGGCACGUGCGGUUUGGCACGUGCGGUUUGGCACGUGCGGUUCGGCACGUGCGGUUCGGCACGUGCGGUUCGGCACGUGCGGUUUGGCACGUGCGGUUCGGCACGUGCGGUUCGGCACGUGCGGUUUGGCACGUGCGGUUUGGCACGUGCGGUUUGGCACGUGCGGUUCGGCACGUGCGGUUCGGCACGUGCGGUUCGGCACGUGCGGUUCGGCACGUGCGGUUUGGCACGUGCGGUUCGGCACGUGCGGUUCGGCACGUGCGGUUUGGCACGUGCGGUUUGGCACGUGCGGUUUGGCACGUGCGGUUUGGCACGUGCGGUUUGGCACGUGCGGUUCGGCACGUGCGGUUCGGCACGUGCGGUUCGGCACGUGCGGUUCGGCACGUGCGGUUCGGCACGUGCGGUUUGGCACGUGCGGUUUGGCACGUGCGGUUUGGCACGUGCGGUUCGGCACGUGCGGUUCGGCACGUGCGGUUUGGCACGUGCGGUUUGGCACGUGCGGUUUGGCACGUGCGGUUUGGCACGUGCGGUUCGGCACGUGCGGUUCGGCACGUGCGGUUCGGCACGUUCGGUUCGGCACGUGCGGUUCGGCACGUGCGGUUCGGCACGUGCGGUUUCGGCACGUGCGGUUUGGCACGUGCGGUUUGGCACGUGCGGUUCGGCACGUGCGGUUCGGCACGUGCGGUUCGGCACGUGCGGUUCGGCACGUGCGGUUCGGCACGUGCGGUUCGGCACGUGCGGUUCGGCACGUGCGGUUCGGCACGUGCGGUUUGGCACGUGCGGUUUGGCACGUGCGGUUUGGCACGUGCGGUUCGGCACGUGCGGUUCGGCACGUGCGGUUCGGCACGUGCGGUUCGGCACGUGCGGUUCGGCACGUGCGGUUUGGCACGUGCGGUUUGGCACGUGCGGUUCGGCACGUGCGGUUCGGCACGUGCGGUUCGGCACGUGCGGUUUCGGCACGUGCGGUUUGGCACGUGCGGUUUGGCACGUGCGGUUUGGCACGUGCGGUUUGGCACGUGCGGUUCGGCACGUGCGGUUCGGCACGUGCGGUUCGGCACGUGCGGUUCGGCACGUGCGGUUCGGCACGUGCGGUUUGGCACGUGCGGUUUGGCACGUGCGGUUCGGCACGUGCGGUUCGGCACGUGCGGUUCGGCACGUGCGGUUUCGGCACGUGCGGUUUGGCACGUGCGGUUUGGCACGUGCGGUUGGCACGUGCGGUUCGGCACGUGCGGUUCGGCACGUGCGGUUCGGCACGUGCGGUUCGGCACGUGCGGUUUGGCACGUGCGGUUUGGCACGUGCGGUUUGGCACGUGCGGUUCGGCACGUGCGGUUCGGCACGUGCGGUUCGGCACGUGCGGUUCGGCACGUGCGGUUUGGCACGUGCGGUUUGGCACGUGCGGUUUGGCACGUGCGGUUCGGCACGUGCGGUUCGGCACGUGCGGUUCGGCACGUGCGGUUCGGCACGUGCGGUUCGGCACGUGCGGUUCGGCACGUGCGGUUCGGCACGUGCGGUUCGGCACGUGCGGUUCGGCACGUGCGGUUUGGCACGUGCGGUUUGGCACGUGCGGUUUGGCACGUGCGGUUGGGCACGUGCGGUUCGGCACGUGCGGUUUGGCACGUGCGGUUUGGCACGUGCGGUUUGGCACGUGCGGUUUGGCACGUGCGCUUUGGCACGUGCGCUUCGGCACGUGCGGUUCGGCACGUGCGGUUCGGCACGUGCGGUUUGGCACGUGCGGUUCGGCACGUGCGGUUCGGCACGUGCGGUUCGGCACGUGCGGUUCGGCACGUGCGGUUCGGCACGUGCGGUUCGGCACGUGCGGUUCGGCACGUGCGGUUCGGCACGUGCGGUUCGGCACGUGCGGUUUGGCACGUGCGGUUCGGCACGUGCGGUUCGGCACGUGCGGUUUGGCACGUGCGGUUUGGCACGUGCGGUUUGGCACGUGCGGUUUGGCACGUGCGGUUUGGCACGUGCGGUUCGGCACGUGUGGUUCGGCACGUGCGGUUUGGCACGUGCGGUUCGGCACGUGCGGUUCGGCACGUGCGGUUCGGCACGUGCGGUUCGGCACGUGCGGUUUGGCACGUGCGGUUUGGCACGUGCGGUUUGGCACGUGCGGUUCGGCACGUGCGGUUUGGCACGUGCGGUUUGGCACGUGCGGUUUGGCACGUGCGGUUCGGCACGUGCGGUUCGGCACGUGCGGUUUGGCACGUGCGGUUCGGCACGUGCGGUUCGGCACGUGCGGUUUGGCACGUGCGGUUCGGCACGUGCGGUUCGGCACGUGCGGUUCGGCACGUGCGGUUCGGCACGUGCGGUUUGGCACGUGCGGUUUGGCACGUGCGGUUCGGCACGUGCGGUUCGGCACGUGCGGUUCGGCACGUGCGGUUCGGCACGUGCGGUUCGGCACGUGCGGUUCGGCACGUGCGGUUCGGCACGUGCGGUUCGGCACGUGCGGUUUGGCACGUGCGGUUUGGCACGUGCGGUUUGGCACGUGCGGUUUGGCACGUGCGAUUCGGCACGUGCGGUUCGGCACGUGCGGUUCGGCACGUGCGGUUCGGCACGUGCGGUUUGGCACGUGCGGUUUGGCACGUGCGGUUUGGCACGUGCGGUUCGGCACGUGCGGUUCGGCACGUGCGGUUCGGCACGUGCGGUUUGGCACGUGCGGUUUGGCACGUGCGGUUUGGCACGUGCGGUUUGGCACGUGCGCUUUGGCACGUGCGCUUCGGCACGUGCGGUUCGGCACGUGCGGUUCGGCACGUGCGGUUCGGCACGUGCGGUUCGGCACGUGCGGUUCGGCACGUGCGGUUUGGCACGUGCGGGUUGGCACGUGCGGUUUGGCACGUGCGGUUCGGCACGUGCGGUUCGGCACGUGCGGUUCGGCACGUGCGGUUCGGCACGUGCGGUUCGGCACGUGCGGUUCGGCACGUGCGGUUCGGCACGUGCGGUUCGGCACGUGCGGUUCGGCACGUGCGGUUCGGCACGUGCGGUUCGGCACGUGCGGUUCGGCACGUGCGGUUUGGCACGUGCGGUUUGGCACGUGCGGUUCGGCACGUGCGGUUCGGCACGUGCGGUUCGGCACGUGCGGUUCGGCACGUGCGGUUCGGCACGUGCGGUUCGGCACGUGCGGUUUGGCACGUGCGGUUUGGCACGUGCGGUUUGGCACGUGCGGUUCGGCACGUGCGGUUCGGCACGUGCGGUUCGGCACGUGCGGUUCGCCACGUGCGGUUUGGCACGUGCGGUUCGGCACGUGCGGUUCGGCACGUGCGGUUCGGCACGUGCGGUUUGGCACGUGCGGUUUGGCACGUGCGGUUUGGCACGUGCGGUUUGGCACGUGCGGUUCGGCACGUGCGGUUCGGCACGUGCGGUUCGGCACGUGCGGUUCGGCACGUGCGGUUUGGCACGUGCGGUUUGGCACGUGCGGUUUGGCACGUGCGGUUUGGCACGUGCGGUUCGGCACGUGCGGUUCGGCACGUGCGGUUUGGCACGUGCGGUUUGGCACGUGCGGUUUGGCACGUGCGGUUUGGCACGUGCGGUUCGGCACGUGCGGUUCGGCACGUGCGGUUCGGCACGUGCGGUUCGGCACGUGCGGUUCGGCACGUGCGGUUCGGCACGUGCGGUUCGGCACGUGCGGUUCGGCACGUGCGGUUCGGCACGUGCGGUUCGGCACGUGCGGUUCGGCACGUGCGGUUCGGCACGUGCGGUUCGGCACGUGCGGUGGCACGUGCGGUUCGGCACGUGCGGUUUGGCACGUGCGGUUUGGCACGUGCGGUUUGGCACGUGCGGUUUGGCACGUGCGGUUCGGCACGUGCGGUUCGGCACGUGCGGUUCGGCACGUGCGGUUCGGCACGUGCGGUUCGGCACGUGCGGUUUGGCACGUGCGGUUUGGCACGUGCGGUUCGGCACGUGCGGUUCGGCACGUGCGGUUCGGCACGUGCGGUUCGGCACGUGCGGUUUGGCACGUGCGGUUUGGCACGUGCGGUUUGGCACGUGCGGUUUGGCACGUGCGGUUCGGCACGUGCGGUUCGGCACGUGCGGUUCGGCACGUGCGGUUCGGCACGUGCGGUUCGGCACGUGCGGUUUGGCACGUGCGGUUUGGCACGUGCGGUUUGGCACGUGCGGUUUGGCACGUGCGGUUCGGCACGUGCGGUUCGGCACGUGCGGUUCGGCACGUGCGGUUCGGCACGUGCGGUUUGGCACGUGCGGUUUGGCACGUGCGGUUUGGCACGUGCGGUUCGGCACGUGCGGUUCGGCACGUGCGGUUCGGCACGUGCGGUUCGGCACGUGCGGUUUGGCACGUGCGGUUUGGCACGUGCGGUUUGGCACGUGCGGUUCGGCACGUGCGGUUCGGCACGUGCGGUUCGGCACGUGCGGUUUGGCACGUGCGGUUUGGCACGUGCGGUUUGGCACGUGCGGUUUGGCACGUGCGGUUCGGCACGUGCGGUUCGGCACGUGCGGUUCGGCACGUGCGGUUCGGCACGUGCGGUUCGGCACGUGCGGUUCGGCACGUGCGGUUCGGCACGUGCGGUUCGGCACGUGCGGUUCGGCACGUGCGGUUUGGCACGUGCGGUUUGGCACGUGCGGUUUGGCACGUGCGGUUUGGCACGUGCGGUUCGGCACGUGCGGUUCGGCACGUGCGGUUCGGCACGUGCGGUUCGGCACGUGCGGUUCGGCACGUGCGGUUUGGCACGUACGGUUUGGCACGUGCGGUUUGGCACGUGCGGUUUGGCACGUGCGGUUCGGCACGUGCGGUUCGGCACGUGCGGUUUGGCACGUGCGGUUUGGCACGUGCGGUUUGGCACGUGCGGUUUGGCACGUGCGCUUUGGCACGUGCGCUUCGGCACGUGCGCUUCGGCACGUGCGGUUCGGCACGUGCGGUUUGGCACGUGCGGUUUGGCACGUGCGGUUCGGCACGUGCGGUUCGGCACGUGCGGUUCGGCACGUGCGGUUCGGCACGUGCGGUUCGGCACGUGCGGUUCGGCACGUGCGGUUCGGCACGUGCGGUUUGGCACGUGCGGUUCGGCACGUGCGGUUCGGCACGUGCGGUUUGGCACGUGCGGUUUGGCACGUGCGGUUUGGCACGUGCGGUUUGGCACGUGCGGUUUGGCACGUGCGGUUCGGCACGUGUGGUUCGGCACGUGCGGUUUGGCACGUGCGGUUCGGCACGUGCGGUUCGGCACGUGCGGUUCGGCACGUGCGGUUCGGCACGUGCGGUUUGGCACGUGCGGUUUGGCACGUGCGGUUUGGCACGUGCGGUUCGGCACGUGCGGUUUGGCACGUGCGGUUUGGCACGUGCGGUUUGGCACGUGCGGUUCGGCACGUGCGGUUCGGCACGUGCGGUUUGGCACGUGCGGUUCGGCACGUGCGGUUCGGCACGUGCGGUUCGGCACGUGCGGUUCGGCACGUGCGGUUCGGCACGUGCGGUUCGGCACGUGCGGUUCGGCACGUGCGGUUUGGCACGUGCGGUUCGGCACGUGCGGUUCGGCACGUGCGGUUCGGCACGUGCGGUUCGGCACGUGCGGUUCGGCACGUGCGGUUCGGCACGUGCGGUUCGGCACGUGCGGUUCGGCACGUGCGGUUCGGCACGUGCGGUUUGGCACGUGCGGUUUGGCACGUGCGGUUUGGCACGUGCGGUUCGGCACGUGCGGUUCGGCACGUGCGGUUCGGCACGUGCGGUUCGGCACGUGCGGUUCGGCACGUGCGGUUUGGCACGUGCGGUUUGGCACGUGCGGUUUGGCACGUGCGGUUCGGCACGUGCGGUUCGGCACGUGCGGUUCGGCACGUGCGGUUUGGCACGUGCGGUUUGGCACGUGCGGUUUGGCACGUGCGGUUUGGCACGUGCGCUUUGGCACGUGCGGUUCGGCACGUGCGGUUCGGCACGUGCGGUUCGGCACGUGCGGUUCGGCACGUGCGGUUUGGCACGUGCGGUUGGGCACGUGCGGUUGGGCACGUGCGGUUUGGCACGUGCGGUUUGGCACGUGCGGUUCGGCACGUGCGGUUCGGCACGUGCGGUUCGGCACGUGCGGUUUGGCACGUGCGGUUUGGCACGUGCGGUUUGGCACGUGCGGUUUGGCACGUGCGGUUUGGCACGUGCGGUUCGGCACGUGCGGUUCGGCACGUGCGGUUCGGCACGUGCGGUUCGGCACGUGCGGUUUGGCACGUGCGGUUCGGCACGUGCGGUUCGGCACGUGCGGUUUGGCACGUGCGGUUUGGCACGUGCGGUCUGGCACGUGCGGUUUGGCACGUGCGGUUUGGCACGUGCGGUUCGGCACGUGCGGUUCGGCACGUGCGGUUCGGCACGUGCGGUUCGGCACGUGCGGUUCGGCACGUGCGGUUCGGCACGUGCGGUUUGGCACGUGCGGUUUGGCACGUGCGGUUCGGCACGUGCGGUUCGGCACGUGCGGUUCGGCACGUGCGGUUCGGCACGUGCGGUUUGGCACGUGCGGUUCGGCACGUGCGGUUCGGCACGUGCGGUUCGGCACGUGCGGUUCGGCACGUGCGGUUCGGCACGUGCGGUUCGGCACGUGCGGUUCGGCACGUGCGGUUUGGCACGUGCGGUUUGGCACGUGCGGUUCGGCACGUGCGGUUCGGCACGUGCGGUUCGGCACGUGCGGUUCGGCACGUGCGGUUCGGCACGUGCGGUUCGGCACGUGCGGUUCGGCACGUGCGGUUCGGCACGUGCGGUUCGGCACGUGCGGUUCGGCACGUGCGGUUUGGCACGUGCGGUUUGGCACGUGCGGUUUGGCACGUGCGGUUUGGCACGUGCGGUUCGGCACGUGCGGUUCGGCACGUGCGGUUCGGCACGUGCGGUUCGGCACGUGCGGUUUGGCACGUGCGGUUUGGCACGUGCGGUUUGGCACGUGCGGUUCGGCACGUGCGGUUCGGCACGUGCGGUUUGGCACGUGCGGUUUGGCACGUGCGGUUGGGCACGUGCGGUUGGGCACGUGCGGUUGGGCACGUGCGGUUCGGCACGUGCGGUUUGGCACGUGCGGUUUGGCACGUGCGGUUUGGCACGUGCGGUUCGGCACGUGCGGUUCGGCACGUGCGGUUCGGCACGUGCGGUUCGGCACGUGCGGUUUGGCACGUGCGGUUUGGCACGUGCGGUUUGGCACGUGCGGUUCGGCACGUGCGGUUCGGCACGUGCGGUUUGGCACGUGCGGUUUGGCACGUGCGGUUCGGCACGUGCGGUUCGGCACGUGCGGUUCGGCACGUGCGGUUCGGCACGUGCGGUUUGGCACGUGCGGUUUGGCACGUGCGGUUCGGCACGUGCGGUUCGGCACGUGCGGUUCGGCACGUGCGGUUCGGCACGUGCGGUUCGGCACGUGCGGUUCGGCACGUGCGGUUUGGCACGUGCGGUUUGGCACGUGCGGUUUGGCACGUGCGGUUUGGCACGUGCGGUUCGGCACGUUCGGUUCGGCACGUGCGGUUCGGCACGUGCGGUUUGGCACGUGCGGUUUGGCACGUGCGGUUUGGCACGUGCGGUUCGGCACGUGCGGUUCGGCACGUGCGGUUCGGCACGUGCGGUUCGGCACGUGCGGUUCGGCACGUGCGGUUCGGCACGUGCGGUUUGGCACGUGCGGUUUGGCACGUGCGGUUCGGCACGUGCGGUUCGGCACGUGCGGUUCGGCACGUGCGGUUCGGCACGUGCGGUUCGGCACGUGCGGUUCGGCACGUGCGGUUCGGCACGUGCGGUUCGGCACGUGCGGUUCGGCACGUGCGGUUCGGCACGUGCGGUUUGGCACGUGCGGUUUGGCACGUGCGGUUCGGCACGUGCGGUUCGGCACGUGCGGUUCGGCACGUGCGGUUCGGCACGUGCGGUUCGGCACGUGCGGUUCGGCACGUGCGGUUUGGCACGUGCGGUUCGGCACGUGCGGUUCGGCACGUGCGGUUCGGCACGUGCGGUUUGGCACGUGCGGUUUGGCACGUGCGGUUGGGCACGUGCGGUUGGGCACGUGCGGUUGGGCACGUGCGGUUCGGCACGUGCGGUUUGGCACGUGCGGUUCGGCACGUGCGGUUCGGCACGUGCGGUUCGGCACGUGCGGUUCGGCACGUGCG